AUGGAAUCGCGACCCCGAAGUCGACGGCUGACGACCUAUGGCUCCACCGCGAAAAAUCAGCCUUUGCAAAUGAAAAAUGCGCAUUCCUCCAGAACCAACCCAAUCCCAAACAAAUCCAGUUGCAGGAUUGAAGGCGAGAAAACCGAAUACCAACACCAAAGAUUAAGUGAUACCGAAGGUGCCAAGAUCUAUGACCUACCGUCAUCAGAUGAAGAAGAUCGACAGCUUAUCACGCGGAUAAAGCGUCGAAAAUUUGGUUCUACUGGGCGCGCCAGCUUAAUAAAAGAACCCUUGAGCCCCCCAAGACAAAGAACCGAUGAUGCAGAAACCAAGCCGAGCAUAACACCCGCAAAAAUACAUACCACAGCAAGCCAGGAUCCCGAGACAACAUUGCCACCAAAAAGAAAUACUACGCAAGAAUCCCACCGGUCUUCUAGGUAUAAGAGUAGAGCUCGUUCACCAAGAAGCAGCAAUAAGACGGCGGCGGAGAUAUCUGCACCAAUUGAGAAUACCGAGAGAACUCAAAAGCCUGGCGCCUUGCUAGCUGAUGAUGAUUCACCCCCAAAGCCCGAUACAAGGCAAAAAGCCUCCCAAACCACGAAGUCAAGUGACUGGUCUCCCAAAUCCCCCAAUCGCUCUAAAUCCCCGACCCACAUUAUAUCAUCUCAGGGGACCGGCACCCCUGGUCGUAGAAGACUAGUUGACUCACUGGGCACCAGGAAUCAGUCGGCUGACGAGUCAUCCGCGGACAUUCUGACAGAUAGCCAAUUGUCUCUCGCCGCCGCCCCUGCUACUCCUACCCGGCGGGAUGCGUCCGUUCCAUUCAAAGCAUCAACUGGAGAUCAGCGUGGGGGUGAGAGUCAUGACCAUGAUAUUGCUGUUACCAUUUCGCCUCACCUGCGUGGCUCUAAAGUGACUUAUGCUCGCCAGCGUUCAUUCCUGGAUGACAUGCUCCUAGAAGCUGAAUCUUCGUAUUCGAGUCUUCCACUUGGCGAACACGAUCCACUUGCUCAAAUGACCCAGCGGGACACAGACGGCGAUGUGCGAGGUCGCCUUCUUACAAUCGAGGAGCCUGUGAAUGAUGAUGGGACCGUUCGAAGCAUUCAUGAACUCCGUCAAGCCGGUGGGAAUGCUCGUUAUCGAGGUGCUGUUGAUUCGAUCUUUGAAGAUCUCGAGGACUCACAUAUCUCCAUAUCGGGACGAUGCAAUGCUUUCGUGCAACUCUGCACCAAGUUGCUUGAUCCAAAGCUUGCAGGUCAAUUCUUAGAGUGUAGUUUUGACAAGAGGCUCGUUGAUCUCCUUUCCCAAGACCUUGAUCUAACUUCCUAUUCACUUGGACUUUGCGCUUAUGACCUCUGCUUUUUUGGAAAACCUAUUCCUUACAUCCUCGCCACGAAUGCAUGGCCCAAGCUGUUGGAUAUAGCACCUUCGUUGUUAGAUGCCCAAGAUGAUUUACUUACAAUUACACGCGCGCCACGACAAAAAAUAUCCAAGGCCACUCAAAUGUCUAUUAAAAAGAUUCUUCCACAACUUCGGUCAACUCUUUUUCCCGAUGCGCUUAUGACCAAACUUUCCCCUUGUUUCUUACUUCUGAACUGUCUAAAAUCGACACUUUCUGCAUUUCAGGCAAAGGGGGAGAACCCCACUAGCCUGUCUGUACGAGUUUUGAAACAAGUGGUCAAUCUCAUGCUGUGUACUACAUCCUCCCAGGGAGGAAAUACACCGUCUACUAUUGAACCGGACAGGUCGCAACUUUUGGCCCUGGGAUUAUCUAUUCUCGAGGCGCAUACCGCCUCAAGUCAUUCCCUUGGGCGUGAACAACGUGAUGUUCUGAGCUUGCUUCCUAAACUGACCGAAAUGCUCUUUAAGAGUAAUAACGACUCUGUGAAUACAACGACCCGUCAAAUCCAAGCGCUUUACAUUCGAGUGAUCUUGAAUGUGACCAACAGUCACCCUGUUCUUUGUGAUACGUUUGCCACGUCUAGAAUAAUUGAUGAACUGACCGAAGUCACCAUUGCCCACUUUGAAAGCCUAUCAGAGGACUCUCUUUCCCAAAAUUCCAACGGUGGCUCUUUGGAUACAGUGAUAUUGGCACUGGGUGCAUUGAUCAACCUGACUGAACAAAGUGAAAUUUCACGUGUGAUUUUCCUCGAUUCAGGGACCAAGGGGAAAUCUCUCCUUGGCAGGUUGUUGGAACUUUUUAUGUCUCAUGUUGAUUCCACGUCCGAGGCCCAUUCGGUUCCAGAAGUACACCAUAACGUUGCGAUAGGGUACCUGGCAGUGCUCCUCUUGGCUCUCUGCUUGAACUCUACUGCUCGACUCGAGGUAAAAGAGUCUUUGCAAUCCAAGGGGCUCACAAUCAUCAUUUCAAUUGCCGAUGAAUUCUUGCAGUAUCAUCGCAAGAUCGAGCGCGAGCUACAUCCCCUUCCUGUCCAUGGCGAAGCAGGUGGAUUUCCUGUUCGGUUGCAGGACUUGAUCAGCCAAAUCCAACAUUCUGAAUCCUGA